AUGAAGAACAACUAUGCACAGCACCUUGCCCGAUUUGAAAGAGAGAUCAGACCCCACAUUGUAACGAAAUAUGACCGUCAAUACACGCCGCAUCCUACAAACUCAGUUACUGCUUCUCCCACCAUUGUGUCAAACGAUCCACCUCCUUUUACACCUAACAUAACUCAGCCUGUCACCACCUCUCGAAAGCGACAACGUGUGGAACCUGCCGAUACUGUCAUUGAUUUGACGAAUAGCACCAAAAGUCAAUCCCUCAGCUUGAAAAAGCCAAAACGAGACAGGCACGACAAUCAAUCGACAACAUCGAAUCCUGUUGAAUCAUUGAACAAUCCUUCCAUGCGUAAUAAUAAUACAUCAUCUUCAGUAAACGAUCCCAUCCCUCCUUCAUAUCCAUCUUCUUCUUCUCGAACGAAUACAAAGCCAGCAACAAUCACCACCAACAACAACGACGCCGACGACUUUGACGAUGAUCUUCAAUUCUUUACACCUUCACCUCGCUUGGCACCUGAUAUCACUCGUCGCACGUCUAAUGCCAGCUUGUCAUCAGUCACCACGAUCAACACUACCGACCACCCCAUAGAACCCAUGGUUACAGAUCUUGCAGUGAAGGAUGAUGUUGUUGGAUUCGAUGAUGACGAUGAUGAUCUCUUUUUUGAUGAUGAAGCGGCGGAUUUGGUCAAUGCAGUGGAAGCAGCUUAUAGCAGCAAGGAUUCAGUACCUAACCUGCAAAAGGAAUUGGAGGAGCUCAAAGAACGAGAGAUUGUGGCCAAUCGAGAUUGUGUGAAUUCAAUGUUCAAUUCCCAAAAUUCAGCGCAAACAAACAAGCUAUUGGAGGAAGUGAGGGAUUUACGGCAGCGGAUUAGCGAUCUGGAACUUACAAUUGCCAAUGCCAUGGAGAUAUCAAAGUCGGCUUCAUCCAGUUCACGUGAAGUGACUCCAAUCAUCAACAACACCAACAGCAACAACGACAUUGUGAUUCUUGACGACGACGACGACGACGAUCUAAAACCAACAUCAACAACAACCCUAUAUCCAUCCCACUCUGUUUCAUCAUCCAAUGUUACCACCAGCAUGAAUAACAAUACCACAUCGAUGACAAUGUCAAGUACCAGCAGCACACCAAUGAUCAGGCCAUCAUUAACAUUAUCAUCAUCAUCACAACCUCCAUCUCGCGGCCCUCAGGAUCAAUAUCCAUGGUCACGUGAUGUACGCAAGGCAUUGAUCCACACGUUUAAAUUGACCGAGUUUCGCACCAACCAGCUUGCAGCCAUCAACAGCACGCUUAACGGUGACGAUGUGUUUGUUCUUAUGCCAACAGGUGGAGGCAAAUCACUAUGUUAUCAGCUGCCAGCCAUUAUCCAACGUCAUAAGCGAAAAGGAAUUACGAUUGUGGUAUCACCGUUGCUUUCACUCAUGCAAGAUCAAGUGGAUCAGCUUGUGAAUAAGCGAAGUAUCCCGGCAGCAUUAUUGAAUGGCCAAAUAUCAGCUGAACGCCGUAAAUGGGUAUACGAACAACUUCGUCGACAACCUCCAGACAUGCGCUUGUUGUACGUUACUCCCGAGAUGAUUAAAAAAUCAGAAGCCUUCCUUGCUGCACUCGAUAACCUUCAUCGUCGAUCAUCCAUUGCCCGAUUUGUCAUUGACGAAGCACACUGCGUCUCCCAAUGGGGUCAUGAUUUUCGGCCUGACUAUAAAGAAUUGGGGAAGCUCAAGAUCAAGUUCCCUGAUGUGCCCUUCAUGGCAUUGACUGCUACAGCCAAUGAUCGCGUGAAACAAGAUGUCAUCCACAAUUUACAUAUCCAGGGCUGUAAAUUGCUCAAACAAAGCUUUAAUCGACCCAAUCUUGUCUAUGAUGUGGUACCCAGGCAAAGAGCACCCCAUGAGAACAUUGCACAAUUUAUCAAGGAGCAUGAUGGGCAAUCGGGCAUUGUAUAUUGUGGAUCACGUCGACAAUGUGAGGAAUUAGCCGACAAACUCAAACGUGACUUUCGAGUCAAUGCCACGCAUUAUCAUGCAGCACUGGAGCCAGAGGAGCGUAUCCAUGUCCAAAAAUCUUGGCAACAAGGGAAGAUUCAAGUGAUUGUGGCGACCAUUGCUUUUGGUAUGGGUAUUGACAAGGCGGAUGUUCGUUUUGUGGUGCAUUUCACGAUGCCAUCUUCGGUGGAAGGAUAUUACCAAGAAACGGGUAGAGCAGGUCGAGAUGGAUUGCCCGCCAAAUGCCGCCUGUACUACAGCUAUGCCGAUGUACGCUUCCACCAAAUGUUGAUUGAUAAGGAUGAGACGCAUCGAGAACCUGAACAACGAGCACGCUUAUUUGAAAACCUGAAUCAGAUGAUGCGCUAUUGUGAAAACAGCCUUGAUUGUCGUCGAAAGCAAAUCCUGAGCUACUUUGGAGAAGAAUUCGAUCCAGUUCAAUGUGAACGCACGUGCGACAAUUGCAAAAUGAAUCAAAACAAGAGAAAGGUGCUAAGGGAUCGAAGCAGUGAGGCGAUCAAGGUGCUCACCGUAGUGCGUGGUGUCUUGAGUCUUCCCAAUGGAAAGGUCACCUUGGCUCAAACAGUGGAUUUAUUACGUGGCUCAAAGGCAAAGCAUAUUCGUGAUAAGGGCUUGGAUCGAUUGGAAGGCUAUAAUUCUCUCAAUUCUUGGAUCAAGUUGGAAGUCGAUCGAUUGAUCAAGCACUUGGUGUUUAUGAAGGCGCUCGUCGAACGGAGUGAGACCAAUGCCAUGGGGUAUACCUCAAGCUACUUGUUUCCCAGUGACAAGUUCCACGAUGUACUUAAUGGCAGAAUGAGGGUCAAUUUGGAAUAUACCGAGGAUGCCGCAUCUCGUGUAUAUACACCGCCUUCUGGAUCUUCAUCGUCGUCAUCAUCAUCUGUCAUCCGACAACUUACAGUUACCGGCAAGAAAUGCUAUAACGAAUUAGGAGAGCUUCGACAAAAGGUUAUGAAGCAAUUCCGGGUAGCGAGACCAGCAUCUAUCUUUACGGAUACAGAACUCAAAAACUUGGCACAGACACUGCCACGCAACAAAGAAGAAUUCCUGAAUGCGGUAGAAAACAAAAACAAGGAGUCAAGAUACAACCGGUACGGUAAAGAGUUCCUCAGCGUAUGCCUUAAAUAUCAUCUUAGUCAAAGUAAUUGA